CGAAAUGUGUAUUUGUAUUCCGGAUUACUACUGAAUUCGAGAUUUUUCUAAAAGCGUACCUGCCUCGGGCUGCAUCGCUUUGCAUUUACGAAGCGUCUCCUUACUUUAUGGAGGACAAAUCCUUUAUUAACGAAGACAAAAAAAGGACUGCCAGGCCGAUCUAUCAUUAUUUAUUUAACCGCUUAGGACAUUCGAGGGCGUGCACCUAUUAUUUCAGCAAAAUGCAGUGACAACGGAACCACUUUGCAAGCAUCAGUUCCAGAAUGGAAGGCAGCAAAAUACUAAACGUUCUCAGCCGAUGGGAGACCACGAACGCCACGUGGUGCUCUCCAGAGUGCUGGACUUCAAGUCCUCAUCAACUAGGAAUGCCGUAGCAAAGUUUUGAGCACCGUCGAGCGGCAUUUAUUCAGCUUUUUCACCUACUGGGCGGAUUACCUCCACGCCGCCCUCCCUCUCCAGCGAAGGACCACCCCGUCCGUUCAUAAAUAUUCAUAGAAGCGCUCUCCACUAGUCUCUCGGGGCAAUAUUUGCAUAUUCAUGAGACGUCGCGUCAUUAUUCAUGAGCUUUCGCGGGCUUUUGGCCACGUGAUUCGUAAUCCGCGCGGAAUUCAGGCUCCGGCUGCGUUGUAGGUUGGGGGCUGUUCGUGGAAGAAACUCCGUUGAAUCGGAAAGCGGCAGAAAUGGCGGAUUCCUCCGAGUCAAACAUGGCUACCAGCCCCGUGCACAGCUCUCGGCGAGGAGAGGCCUUCACUUCCAGUCCAGGAAGAGAUCUGCCACCCUUUGAGGACGAGUCUGAAGGACUCCUGGGGACCCAGGGACUCCCCGAUGAAGAGGAAGAAGAUGGAGAGGAGUUGAUUGGAGAAGGGAUGGAAAGGGACUAUCGGCCUAUUCCUGAGCUUGACGUCUAUGAAGCUGAAGGUUUAGCCUUGGAUGAUGAAGAUCUGGAAGAGCUAACUGCCAGCCAAAGGGAAGCAGCAGAACGGGCGAUGAGACAGAGGGACCGUGAGAUGGGCCGAGGCCUGGGCCGCAUGCGGAGUGGACUGCUUUAUGAGAGUGAUGAUGAAGAUGAGGAUCGUCCUUUGCGAAAGAGGCGCCUGGCAGAACGGGCUGCCGAAGGUAUGGAAGAAGAGGAGGAAGACAUGAUUGAAAGCAUAGAGAACCUGGAAGACAUGAAGGGGCACUCAGUGAGGGAAUGGGUGUCCAUGGCAGCUCCCCGUCUUGAGAUCUACCAUCGCUUCAAGAACUUCCUAAAGACCCAUGUGGAUGAUCAUGGUCAUAAUGUCUUCAAAGAGAGGAUCAGUGACAUGUGUAAAGAGAACAGAGAGAGCCUGGUGGUGAACUAUGAAGAUUUGGCUGCCCGGGAACAUGUCCUUGCCUAUUUCCUCCCCGAAGCCCCAGCUGAGAUGUUGAGGAUCUUUGAUGAAGCAGCCAAGGAAGUAGUAUUGGCUAUGUAUCCCAAAUAUGACCGGAUUGCUCAGGAAAUCCAUGUCCGCAUCUCACAUCUGCCUCUAGUGGAGGAGUUACGGUCACUUAGGCAGCUACAUCUGAACCAGCUGAUCCGGACGAGUGGGGUUGUGACAAGCUGUACGGGGGUUCUUCCCCAGCUCAGCAUGGUCAAGUACAAUUGUACCAAAUGUAGCUUUGUCUUGGGGCCUUUCUCACAGUCUCAGAACCAAGAAAUAAAACCAGGAUCUUGCCCAGAGUGUCAAUCUGUUGGUCCCUUUGAAAUCAACAUGGAAGAGACAGUCUACCAGAACUAUCAGCGCAUCAAAAUCCAGGAGACCCCAGGGAAGGUGGCAGCUGGCAGGCUACCUCGCUCAAAGGACGCCAUUUUACUGGCUGACCUAGUUGACAGUUGCAAGCCAGGGGAUGAGAUUGAGCUAACUGGAAUAUACCAUAAUAAUUAUGAUGGUUCUUUGAACACUGCCAAUGGGUUUCCAGUGUUUGCAACUGUGAUCCUGGCCAAUCACAUCACCAAGAAAGAUAAUAAGGUGGCUGUCGGGGAGCUUACGGAUGAGGACAUGAAAGUUAUUGUAGGCCUGUCCAAAGAUGAGCAGAUCGGAGAGAAAAUCUUUGCCAGCAUUGCUCCUUCAAUCUAUGGGCAUGAAGAUAUCAAAAGGGGGCUGGCUCUAGCUCUGUUUGGAGGAGAACCAAAAAAUCCAGGAGGAAAACAUAAAGUCCGUGGGGACAUCAAUAUGUUGCUUUGUGGCGAUCCUGGAACAGCCAAGUCUCAGUUCCUCAAAUAUGUGGAGAAAGUAGCCAGCAGAGCGAUAUUCACCACUGGCCAGGGUGCUUCUGCAGUUGGUCUAACUGCCUAUGUGCAGAGACAUCCUGUGAGCAAGGAAUGGACCCUGGAGGCUGGAGCCCUGGUGCUGGCAGACAGAGGGGUGUGCUUGAUAGACGAAUUUGACAAGAUGAAUGAUCAGGAUAGGACCAGCAUUCAUGAAGCCAUGGAGCAGCAGAGCAUCUCCAUCUCAAAGGCUGGCAUUGUCACAUCUCUACAAGCUCGCUGCACUGUUAUUGCUGCUGCCAACCCAAUAGGUGGGCGCUAUGACCCUUCUUUGACUUUCUCGGAAAACGUUGAUCUGACCGAGCCCAUCAUAUCUCGGUUUGAUAUCCUCUGUGUGGUCAGGGAUACUGUGGAUCCUGUUCAGGAUGAGAUGCUGGCUCGGUUUGUUGUCAGUAGCCACAUCAAGCAUCAUCCAAACAGCAAGGAUCCAGUAAAUGGAGAGUCUCAAGAGAUUACCCUCCCUAAUACUUAUGGCGUAGAACCCAUUCCACAGGAGGUCCUGAAGAAAUAUAUUAUUUACGCAAAGGAAAAAGUCCAUCCCAAACUCAACCAGAUGGACCAGGACAAAGUGGCCAGGAUGUACAGUGAACUCAGGAAAGAAUCCAUGGCAACUGGAAGUAUCCCCAUUACAGUGCGUCACAUAGAGUCCAUGAUCCGAAUGGCGGAGGCCCAUGCCCGCAUGCACCUGCGGGAUUAUGUGGUGGAAGACGAUGUCAACAUGGCCAUCAGGGUCAUGUUGGAGAGUUUCAUCGACACACAGAAGUUUAGUGUUAUGAGAAGCAUGCGGAAGACUUUUGCCCGGUACCUUGCCUUCAGGCGGGAUAACAAUGAGCUCUUGCUGUUCAUUUUGAAACAACUCGUAUCAGAACAGGUGAUGUAUCAGAGGAAUCGCUACGGAGCACAGCAGGACACCACUGAAGUGCCGGAGAAAGACUUAAUUGAUAAGGCUCGCCAGAUCAACAUCCACAACCUUUCUGCCUUCUUCGAUAGCGACCUGUUCAAGAUGAACAAGUUCAGCCGUGAUGUAAAGCGGAAAUUAAUCGUGCAAACCUUCUGAGACAAUGACUGCACAAGUGGUUGGAGACAAGAGCAAUUCAAAGCUGUGCUUUCUCUUCUGAUGUAGCAGCACGUGGCAAUUCCCAAGGCUCUUCCUUAUAUAUUUCAGAAAAGAACUGGAAACUGCUGUGCUGAAGGACCUGUAAAUAGAAUAGAAUGGAAUGGAACGGCCCUGUGGUUAAAAAAGCAAAAAGUCUGUGAGCCUGUGUUUGCUGAAUGAAACCCCAGAGGAAUUGUUUCCUGUUGGCCUCAUUUUAGAAAUUGGACUUGACACUGGUAUUGGUGAAUGAGUCAGACUCAGACAUCCGGAACAAGUAGUGAGACAGUGCCCAUGUUCACUUUAAGGCAGCUGCUGCUUCCCGUUUCUCCUUUGUUGUACCCUGCUUACAGCUUCAUGCACUUGUAUAUGAAAAGCUGAAAACAGCCUAUAUUGAAGAUUAGUUGAGACUCACAUUUGUCUUCCUUUAGAACUACAUUAUGUUUUGAUGUCAAAACAAUUAGAGAUAUGCAAAACUAGUCAGUGGGGGGGCAUGCCAGGAGCACCCCAAAAUCUUGCCAGAAGCAGUUCAGCAACAUGGGCCUAAGGAAGCUUAGCACAGUCUCCAGAAAUUCUGUUCCCAAACUAAUAAUUUUUGCACAUCCCUGAAAAUAAUGUUUUUUCUUGCAUAUUUGUCCAAUAAAGGUGUAAUUGGGAAAUGUUUGCUAAAAAAGACCCCCAAAGGGUUUAAAAUGGCUUUUUAAAAAUGAAGGCACAAAUUGGCUCGCUGUUUAAAAAGCUGUAUUCCAAAAUCAGCUGCUUCACUGUGAAUGCCACAUUUUCAACAAUAUGCUUUUCUGGGUAAUGUUCAUCAUUUUUCUUCUGUUGUUUGAACUCCGUUUGUAUUAAAGGUAACUUAAAGCCAGUCAUAACUCUUAAGCCUUCCAAAUCCAUUUUUAUAUCCAUUUUGGCUGGAGAUAGCAGCUCAUCAACUCACUGUGUCCUCUCCAGCAUUUUAGUGAGCAGAAUCAGAAAUAUAAGAAGAGUAUAAAUGUCUAAAACUUAACCCUCGUCCAGAAGCAAGUUCUCUUCUGGAAAAAUAGCAGGAAUGAAUUACUCACCAAUAAUUAUUACCUGUCCCAAAUUUUUGAUAGAAGAUAGACUAACAGGCACCGAGACAGAACACCUGUAUGUCCCUUCUAAUGCAAAAUAUGUGCCUUUUGCACUUAGACAUUGGUUAGUGCUGGGAGAGUAGGGAGAGGUAAACAAAAAAAUCAAGCUUUAUGCUUGCCUACCCAUGGUCUAAAUCACCAAGCCAAGUACCUCUGAUUCUUUUCUCACCUUUGUGCCUUAAAUUAUUUCCUGUGUAGGGCUCUUCUGAAUCUCCACAACCCAAUCUAUCCCAUGCAACUAGAUGGUCCUUCUCUUCUCCCGUGUUUGUAGUUCCAUUAGCAACUUUUCAUGUUGUGUCUAUUUUAAGGGGAUCACAUAAGAGGGCUGCUUGAGAGGUAAUCCUGUUUAUUAUGCAACAUGGUCUACAUAUCACUGCACUGUACAAGUUCUAAUCUUUUUCUUUAUAGGCUCUCAUGCUUGGUUGAUUUUAAAUAGAUUCAAUGUUAAUGUAAUGAUUUGUUUACCCUUAGUUUCCAGAAUGCUCAACAUUGCCAGAUGCCUUGUAUAGACUAAUAAAAAGUUAAAAUGGAAUAUCUAUUUUUGCAAUACUGUAGUAGACAAAUGUUUUCGUUAGAAAAGUGGAAGUACAGGCCUAGAUAUUUAGCAAUUGCAUCUGCACUGAAACUGGCUGUUGGUUCAAUUGCUGCUGACUAAAACUGAAAGGACUAUUUGGAUUGUUAGAAGAGCUGAGUUUUUUUCCCACCCUAGUCCUUAAAUUCCAUGUGAUGCUGUGUUUGAACCUAGAACUCCUGAUCUGUUAUCUUCAGAUGAAGUCCCUAAGGUUAGGGGCUCAAAGAUUUAUUCCCCUAUACAGAAUGUAGACUUAAUUGUACAGUUCUGGGGACCAACGUAUACAACACUUACUCAAAGGGAUAUGCAUUAUUUUUGUAUCAUUUCCACAUGCUUCAUAUACACUAAAAUUCAUGAGUUUAUAAAAAUGUGUGAGGAAUUACUGUAUAAGACUCCUCUAUUUUUUAGUAGAUAUGAUUUUUGUAGCCAUUCUGUAUAAACACCAGAGGUAUAUUAUGAUUUCUACAGAUAAAAUGAGCAUUAGA